AUGGUGUUGAAGACUGAUGUCAGUGAUGGAGAUGAUGAAGAUCGUGUAAUGCGUAGUGAUCUAUCUAUCUAUCUAUCUAUCUAUCUAUCUAUCUAUCUAUCUAUCUAUCCGUCUGUCCCUUAUAUAUCUAUCUAUCAGCCUGGUUUUUAUCUCGGCCACUUCUAUCUAUUCAGCGAGAUAGUCGGUAUUACAGUUCAUCUAUCUAUCUAUCUAUCUAUCUAUCUAUCUAUUCACUGUUAUAUAUCGCCACAGAACCAGGUGAAAUGGGUGAUACGAUCAGAUAUUAUAGUUUACCAAUGCACUUUUCUUUUUCCAUUACCUCCUCGUCUGUCUUUUCUUGUUUUUCUUCUUUAUCCUCUUCUACUUUAUCUACCUCUUACUUUUCCUCUUCAUUUUCUACAACUAAUAUGUAUGUCUUCUCUUCAUCUAUUAUUUCUCCUUUUCCCAUUUCGUCGUCGUCGUCGUCAGUUGGGCAUAUCGAAAGCAUGUAUUCCAUCUUAA